UUCCUGCCGCAACCGCCGGCUGCCUGAGAAUCGCGGCGCUGGGCUCUGAAGCUUCCUUCCUGCGCUUGGGCCCGGUGAAGCGGGGGCUGGGGUGGAGGGUGGCCGGCGGGGCCGCGGCGGGAGGCGCAGGUAAGGGAGGGGGCUGGCGCGCGGCCGGCUGGGCCUGAGAGUGGGGAAGAAGGCGGGUUUAGGAAGGUCUGGGGCCGGAGCGGAGGGGAAGUCUGAAGUGAAGGCGAGAGCUGGGGCUUCGCAACCGCGGCUGCGGCCGAGGCUCGGCAAGGAAGGGCAGAGAACCUGUGCCCGCAUUCAGGCGGCUCCCUUGAUUCCCCGGCUGCCCCUUGUCUGGCGAGUGGGGAAGGGAGCCGGGUGGGGCUGUUCUGGAAGAGGUUUCCUUGGAAGCAUUUGAAGUUCUCUUGCUCCUCUCGUCCCGUAUACUUGAACUUAUUUCGGAGGUGCAUAGUCCAGUUCCUCCUCCCUCUGAUGGAUAAGCUCCGAGCCUGUGUUUCAGAGGUGUAUACAUAGACGGGACAAGAAAGUUGCUCAUCUACAGAAACGACUCAUGAAAUGGCCACAGAUGAUAAGACGUCCCCUACAUUGGACUCUGCUGAUGAUUUGCCUCGAUCUCCUACUAGUCCUUCUCACCUCACACACUUUAAACCUUUGACUCCUGAUCAGGACGAACCUCCUUUUAAAUCCGCGUAUAGUUCUUUUGUAAAUCUCUUUCGAUUUAACAAAGAGAGAGGAGAAGGGGGUCAGGGAGAGCAACCAUCUCUGAGUGGAAGUUGGACCAGCCCCCAGCUCCCUUCAAGGACACAAUCUGUGAGAUCACCUACACCUUAUAAAAAACAGCUUAAUGAGGAGCUCCAGCGGCGAUCUUCAGUGUUAGCAGAGGACAGUUUGCGACACCCCCAGGAGAACACAGAUACCAGAAGGAAGGCAGAACCUGCCUUUGGAGGUCAUGACCCUCGUACAGCUGUUCAGCUCCGAAGCCUCAGCACAGUAUUAAAACGCCUCAAGGAAAUCAUGGAGGGGAAGAGCCAGGAUAGUGACCUGAAGCAAUAUUGGAUGCCAGAUAGCCAGUGUAAAGAGUGCUAUGACUGUAAUGAGAAAUUUACCACUUUUAGACGCAGACACCACUGCCGACUGUGUGGGCAGAUUUUCUGCAGUCGUUGCUGCAAUCAAGAAAUCCCUGGAAAAUUUAUGGGUUAUACAGGGGACCUCCGAGCCUGUACAUACUGUAGAAAAAUAGCCUUAAGUUAUGCUCAUUCCACAGACAGUAAUUCCAUUGGUGAAGACUUGAAUGCUCUUUCAGAUUCUCCUUCCUCUGUGUCUGUACUUGAUCCGAGUGAACCCCGAACACCUGUAGGGAGUAGAAAAGCCAGCCGCAACAUAUUUUUAGAGGAUGAUUUUGCCUGGCAAAGUUUGAUUCAUCCAGACUCCUCAAAUAAUGCUCUUUCAACAAGACUUGUAUCUGUUCAAGAGGACGCUGGGAAAUCUCCUGCUCGAAAUAGAUCAGCCAGCAUUACUAACCUGUCACUGGAUCGAUCUGGGUCUCCCAUGGUACCAUCAUAUGAGACAUCUGUCAGUCCCCAGGCUAACCGAACAUAUGUUAGGACAGAGACCACUGAGGAUGAACGCAAAAUUCUUCUGGACAGUGUUCAGUUAAAAGACCUGUGGAAAAAAAUCUGCCAUCACAGUAGCGGAAUGGAGUUUCAGGAUCACCGCUACUGGCUGAGAACUCAUCCCAACUGCAUUGUAGGAAAGGAGUUAGUCAACUGGUUAAUCCGAAAUGGACACAUUGCUACAAGGGCACAAGCUAUAGCAAUUGGACAGGCAAUGGUGGAUGGACGUUGGCUGGAUUGUGUCAGUCAUCACGACCAGCUCUUCAGGGAUGAGUAUGCGCUGUACAGACCGCUGCAGAGUACAGAAUUUUCCGAGACCCCUUCUCCGGACAGUGACUCAGUGAACUCUGUGGAAGGACACUCUGAGCCAUCCUGGUUUAAAGACAUAAAGUUUGAUGACAGCGACACAGAGCAGAUAGCUGAAGAAGGUGACGAUAAUUUGACCAAUUCUGCCAGUCCUAGCAAGCGCACAUCAGUAAGCAGUUUCCAGUCCACAGUGGACAGUGACUCAGCCGCUUCUAUCAGCCUGAACGUGGAGCUGGACAACGUGAACUUCCAUAUCAAGAAGCCCUCCAAGUACCCACAUGUGCCCCCUCACCCUGCUGACCAAAAAGAGUAUUUGAUUUCUGACAACGGAGGACAACAGCUCUCAAUAAGUGACGCCUUCAUCAAAGAAUCCUUAUUUAACCGUCGAGUUGAGGAAAAAUCCAAAGAGCUGCCUUUCACACCUUUGGGUUGGCAUCAUAACAACCUGGAGCUGCUGAGGGAGGAGAAUGGAGAGAAACAAGCCAUGGAGAGGUUGCUCUCAGCUAAUCACAACCACAUGAUGGCACUACUUCAGCAGUUGCUCCAUAGUGAGUCAUUGUCACCAUCUUGGAGGGACAUCAUUGUAUCACUAGUCUGCCAGGUUGUUCAGACAGUCCGACCUGAUGUCAAGAACCGGGAUGAUGACAUGGAUGUCCGUCAGUUUGUCCACAUCAAAAAAAUCCCAGGUGGAAAGAAGUUUGAUUCUGUGGUUGUCAAUGGGUUUGUUUGUACCAAGAAUAUUGCACAUAAAAAGAUGAAUUCUUCUAUUAAAAACCCCAAAAUUCUUCUGUUGAAGUGUUCCAUUGAGUAUCUCUACAGAGAAGAAACUAAAUUUACUUGCAUCGAUCCUAUUGUGCUUCAGGAAAGGGAAUUCUUGAAGAACUACGUUCAGCGAAUAGUUGAUGUUCGGCCCACAUUGGUUUUAGUUGAGAAAACGGUAUCUCGAAUUGCCCAGGAUAUGUUACUGGAACAUGGCAUUACUUUGGUCAUUAAUGUAAAAUCACAAGUUUUAGAACGAAUCAGUCGGAUGACCCAAGGUGAUUUGGUGAUGUCGAUGGACCAGCUGCUUACAAAACCUCACCUGGGCACCUGUCACAAAUUUUACAUGCAGAUGUUUCAGUUGCCUAAUGAACAAACCAAAACACUGAUGUUUUUUGAAGGCUGUCCACAGCACUUGGGCUGUACAAUCAAGCUUAGAGGAGGCUCUGAUUACGAGCUGGCUCGAGUUAAGGAGAUCCUAAUAUUUAUGAUCUGUGUAGCUUAUCAUUCUCAACUAGAAAUCUCCUUCCUCAUGGAUGAAUUUGCUAUGCCUCCUACAUUAACACCAAACCCCUCCUUCCAUUCUCUGAUUGAGGGACAGGAGGAUGAAGGGGCUGCACAAGAGCCAUUCAGCGGAAGUCCCCUCCCCCGGGAGCCUGACUUCCCUCCGGACUUUCUGCCCUCUGAUGAUAGCAGUUUGCUAGAAUCAAGGAUUCUGUUUGAGAAGGGUGAUCAGGAAACUAAAAGUGUGCCACAGGAUGUUGCCUCUUCGAAGCAUCAAGAGCAUGCCACAGCAGCUUGCCCAGCAGGUGCCCCCUGUGCUCUCUUUCCAUCGGUACCGGAAUCAUUGCUGCCGCUCCAUAUAGAUGACCAACAGGAUGCCAUAGGCAGUGAGCAGCCAGAGGCUUUGCAGCAAGCAGAGGAGCUACAGGAUCCCAAAAGCCAGAUGAGAGCCUUUAGAGACCCUCUACAGGAUGACACUGGCCUGUAUAUUACUGAGGAAGUUACCUCCUCUGAAGAUAAACGAAAGACUUAUUCUUUGACCUUUAAACAGGAAUUGAAAGAUGUGAUCCUCUGUAUCUCCCCAGUAAUCACAUUCAGGGAGCCCUUCCUUUUAACUGAAAAGGGGAUGAGAUGCUCUACCCGAGAUUAUUUUGCGGAGCAGGUUUACUGGUCUCCUCUCCUCAAUAAAGAGUUCAAAGAAAUGGAGAGCAGGCGGAAGAAACAGAUGCUCAGGGAUCUCUCUGGCCUUCAGGGCAUGAAUGGAAGUGUUCAGGCCAAGUCUAUUCAAGUCCUGCCCUCACACGAGCUAGUGAGCACCAGAAUUGCCGAGCACCUGGGUGAUAGCCAGAGCCUGGGGAGAAUGCUGGCCGAUUAUCGGGCCAGAGGAGGAAGAAUUCAGCAAAAAAAUUCAGACCCUUUCGCUUAUUCUAAGGAUGCAUCAGGUACUUCAAGUGGCAAAUCCGGAAGCAAAAGUGAAGGUGACGAAGAGAAAGGGUUGAUUACAAGUGAUGCAGUGUGGUCAACAAAGGUGGACUGUCUGAACCCUGCCAACCACCAGAGACUGUGCGUGCUCUUCAGCAGCUCUUCUGCCCAGUCCAGCAACGCUCCCAGUGCCUGUGUCAGUCCGUGGAUUGUAACAAUGGAAUUUUAUGGAAAAAAUGAUCUUACAUUAGGAAUAUUUUUAGAGAGAUACUGUUUCCGGCCUUCCUAUCAGUGUCCUAGCAUGUUCUGUGAUACCCCCAUGGUGCAUCACAUUCGACGCUUUGUCCAUGGCCAAGGCUGUGUGCAGAUAAUCCUGAAGGAGUUGGAUUCUCCAGUACCUGGAUAUCAGCAUACAAUUCUCACCUAUUCCUGGUGCAGAAUCUGCAAACAGGUAACACCAGUUGUUGCUCUUUCCAAUGAGUCCUGGUCCAUGUCAUUUGCAAAAUACCUUGAACUUAGGUUUUAUGGGCACCAGUACACCCGUAGAGCCAAUGCUGAGCCGUGUGGUCACUCCAUCCACCAUGAUUAUCACCAGUAUUUCUCCUAUAACCAGAUGGUGGCAUCUUUCAGUUAUUCUCCCAUUCGGCUUCUUGAAGUGUGUGUUCCACUUCCCAAAAUAUUCAUUAAACGUCAGGUCCCACUAAAAGUGGCCCUUCUUCAGGAUCUGAAGGACUUCUUUCAAAAAGUUUCACAGGUAUAUCUUGCUGUGGAUGAAAGACUCGCAUCUUUGAAAACUGAUACAUUUAGCAAAACAAGAGAGGAGAAAAUGGAAGAUAUCUUUGCACAAAAAGAGAUGGAAGAAAGCGAGUUCAAGAGCUGGACUGAGAAGAUGCAAGCACGGCUCCUGUCUUCCUCUGUGGAGACCCCUCAGCAACUGCAGUCGGUCUUUGAGUCACUCAUCGCCAAGAAGCAAAGCCUCUGCGAAGUGCUGCAGGCUUGGAAUAACAGGUUGCAGGACCUUUUCCAGCAAGAAAAGGGUAGAAAGCGGCCUUCAGUUCCUCCAAGUCCUGGAAGACUGAGGCAAGGGGAAGAAAGCAAGAUAAGUGCAAUGGAUGCAUCUCCACGGAAUGCUUCUCCAGGACUUCAAAAUGGGGAAAAAGAGGACCGCUUCUUAGCUACCCUGUCCAGUCAGAGCUCCACCAGUUCCCCCCACCUCCAGCUGCCCACUCCUCCCGAAGGCGUGCCUGAGCAGGCCGUGGGAGGGCCCCCAGAACUUGAUACCACCAGCAGUUCCGAAGAUGUAUUUGAUGGACAUUUGCUGGGAUCCGCAGACAGCCAGGUGAAGGAAAAAUCAACCAUGAAAGCCAUCUUUGCAAAUUUGCUUCCAGGAAACAGCUAUAACCCUAUUCCGUUUCCUUUUGAUCCAGAUAAACACUACUUAAUGUAUGAACAUGAACGAGUGCCCAUUGCAGUCUGUGAGAAGGAGCCCAGCUCCAUCAUUGCUUUUGCUCUCAGUUGUAAAGAAUACCGGAAUGCCUUAGAGGAAUUGUCCAAAGUGACUCUGCGGAACAGUGCUGAAGAAGGGCUUUCAACAAACAGUACUUUAGACAGCAGACCAAAGAGUAGCAGCCCUAUUAGAUUACCUGAGAUCAGUGGAGGACAGACAAACCGUACAGCAGAAGUAGAACCACAACCAACCAAAAAGGCUUCUGGAAUGUUGUCCUUCUUCCGAGGGACAGCAGGGAAAAGCCCUGAUCUCUCUUCCCAGAAGAGAGAGACCUUACGUGGAGCAGAUAGUGCUUACUACCAGGUUGGGCAGACGGGCAAGGAGGGAACGGAGAAUCAAGGCAUUGAGCCUCAAGAUGAAGUAGAUGGAGGAGAUACACAGAAGAAACAACUCACAAAUCCUCAUGUGGAGCUCCAAUUUUCCGAUGCCAACGCCAAGUUUUACUGUCGUCUCUACUAUGCGGGAGAGUUUCAUAAGAUGCGAGAAGUGAUUCUGGGCAGCAGCGAAGAAGAUUUUAUUCGUUCCCUUUCUCACUCUUCUCCGUGGCAGGCCCGAGGAGGCAAAUCAGGAGCUGCCUUUUACGCGACUGAAGAUGAUAGAUUCAUUUUGAAGCAAAUGCCUCGUCUGGAAGUCCAGUCUUUCCUUGACUUUGCACCACACUACUUCAAUUACAUUACAAAUGCCGUUCAACAAAAGAGGCCCACUGCAUUGGCCAAGAUUCUUGGAGUUUACAGAAUUGGUUAUAAGAAUUCCCAGAACAACACUGAGAAGAAGCUAGAUCUCCUUGUCAUGGAAAAUCUUUUCUAUGGGAGAAAGAUGGCACAGGUUUUUGAUUUGAAGGGUUCACUUAGGAAUCGAAAUGUAAAAACCGAUACCGGGAAAGAGAGUUGUGAUGUAGUCCUGCUGGAUGAAAAUCUCUUAAAAAUGGUUCGAGACAACCCUCUGUAUAUCCGUUCUCAUUCCAAAGCUGUGCUGAGAGCCUCAAUCCGUAGCGACUCCCACUUCCUUUCUAGCCACCUCAUUAUAGAUUAUUCUUUGCUGGUUGGGCGAGAUGAUACCAGCAAUGAGCUGGUAGUUGGAAUUAUAGAUUAUAUCCGAACAUUUACAUGGGACAAAAAGCUUGAGAUGGUUGUGAAAUCAACAGGAAUUUUAGGAGGACAAGGUAAAAUGCCGACUGUGGUCUCUCCAGAGUUGUAUAGGACCAGAUUUUGUGAAGCAAUGGACAAGUAUUUCCUGAUGGUACCAGACCACUGGACAGGCUUGGGUCUGAACUGCUGAAACAAAGCACAUAUUUUGAAAUGGACCAGGAAGAAAAGGGGCCUGGAACCAAGGACCAAAAAUAAGCUACAUGUUUUAUUCCUUCAUCACAUUCACCACUGUAUGCAAAGCCCUUUCAGUUCUGCGGCUGUGGAGGCCAUCUGUAGCCUGAAGGGUUAAAACUCUGCGGAUUUGCACUUUGGUUUUUGAAACCUACAAAUGAGCUAUCCAUAGGCUGGGACGUUGCAUGAACAUUUUGUUCACUUAAGCUGAAAUCUAGGCACAUUUCAAAGGGCUGAGGAGAAAUGUAUGGUUAGAGAUGAGAUACGGUGAAAAAAUCGGUUGUCAUAUUGGCUAACAAUCCUGUUGAGAAAACAGUGUCUCAUAGAUUAUGACUCUCCUGGCAUCAUAUUGGACAGAUUCUUUACCUAGAAAGCAUUUGUAGAGCUGGUGAAUUUGUUUUGUGUUUCUUAUGUAACAAUUUAAUGUUACCUCUUAUCAGAAUUUCUGAAACCUUAAAAAAAUUCUGAAUUAUUUUAUUAAUGGCCAGUUAAACAGAUUGAUACAAUCUAUUCUUGUUUUGCUGAGGAAUUUGACUUAAAUUGAGAAUCGUGUCAUGUUCUGUAUCUUUCCCUGUUUUCAAGUGUGUUUGAUAUUUUUCAAGUUCUGUCUCUACUUGUCUGUGGGUGACAGGAGGCUACAGCCAUUAACUUUAAGCCUUUUCCUGGAGCUGUUUUUUUAAGCUUAUUUACAGCUUUUGAGCAAGUAAUAUGCUGAACUGCACUUGUCUACACAUGCUCAUACUCUAGGUUUUUCUCCCACUUUCAGGGAAACAUUAGUAAAUUAGUCUACGGUGACUAAAUCCCCAAAGGGAUAAUUAUUAAUGAAGGUUUUUUUUUUAAUAUAAAAAACAAAUUAGGCCUGAUCCAAUAAAUUGGGUGAGGGAAGCACUUGCUUUAUUUUUUAUAAAGGUAAAGUAUCCUUUUCAAUAUAACUAGCAAUUUAUGUGGCAUCUAUAAAAUUAAGAAGUUUCCAGUAUGGACAUCCCUGUUUUCUAACUUUCUGUACCAGUUUCUAGGCCAGUUCUGACUAUUGAGAAAUGUUAACAGUUAAGAUAUUCUUAGUGAGAAACUUAUUGUUUACUAGAGUUUUUGUUUAUUUAAAAAGUGAUCAGAAGUAUACUAAACUGUCUUUGAGGAAAUAACACAACCCCGAAUAUUUUCUCUUGGUUUCUUUCCCGUAAUAAGGAUUAUUAUUACGGAUAAUACCCCAAAUAAGGAUAAUUUGGGGUUUGUAAAAUUUUAAGGGUUCCACUCUUUUCAGGCUUCCUGUAGUAGCACGUUUCUAUUGCACCUUUCACAUAAUAAGAAAAUCUGGUUACAUUCCAAUUACAGAGACUUAAGUAUGUAAAAUAGGAACAUUUUGGAAAGUUUGCUCGAGAAAACAAAAGCAUUAGUUUGGUGUUUGGUGCUUAUUAGAAACAUGAUUUGUUCUGUACUAGAAACAAACUGACCAAGGACUUACUACUGAUCUGAUGAUAAGCACUUUUUUCUUUUUUAACAUGUGAUGUGCCUUUUGAAAACGUACAAAACAAUGACGAUUUUAGUUUUGAUAUCAAAGGCCAGUAAAGGAGUUGUACAGGGCUGAAAGAUGUGGAACAUUAUUCACUUCUCAUGUGUCAGGAACAUGGAUUUUGCAUCUCAUAUUGAAUGCAAACAUAUUUUGCAUCUGUUUAUUUUUUCUGUCAGGAGGCUUGGGGUUAUUUAUCCUGUCCAUUUCCCUCACCCCAGUCAGGAGCACUUCCAGGGGCAGGUGUCUUCCCGCAGCUGUAAUCACGUUGUUUCUUUGUUUCAGUCUCAGUACCACGUGUAUAGCUUGAAUGCUCCAUUGGAAUAGCUCUUGACAAUAAUGUGUCAUGUUGAUUUUGUUUUCCUUGCCCAUGACUUGAAGAACCGAUUUUUUUUAAAGUACUGCUGCUGCUUAGGUAAUUUUGUGGCUAAAAAAAAUUCCCAUAUGAUAUAAUCUGAAACAAUACUUGUUGCCUUGCAAGGGUGAUCUGUCCUUUUAAAACUGUCUUAAUGGAGGGGAAAUAUAAAAUUUAAUUUGUUUUGAGUGGUAGAACUAUAUACCCGGCCUCUUGCUGCUCUUGUUUAGGCCACUACCAGAUACAUAAGGCUUUUCAAAUACUGUGUACUCAGUGUCAGGCACUGAAUGGCUGUUUACCUCUCUUGAAUUCCCCAUUGAGGCCUGGAGAACCUUGAUGGUGAUAAGUUAAGAACGAGGAAGAAAUCUUAAUACUUUCUUCUUUAGAAUAAAAAAAUGAAUUCUGAGAAUAAUUGAUAGCACAAAAAAGCUAUGUGAACAUGUUGCAUUGUAUAAAAAUCUUAUUUAUAAAUGUGAAGUGUUUUGAUGCCAUCAAAACUUUAUUUAAAAAUAAAAAAGAUUCACUUUUUUCUUACCCAAGCCUAAGAAAAAUAAGGGGAAUAAGCUGUUGCAAGCCCUUUUGUAGUCUAUUGAAUAUUUUAAAUUUAUAGAUAUUCAAAUUUUCCUACAGAAUGUCCUACUUAUAAUUUUUUCCUUGAUCCAGCAGUGAGUGGUUUUCUGGCUUUGGCCUUUAUUGGGUAUUGUAAAUAGUAGGGUUGUAUUGUUUUUUGUGGCAUCAGCUUCUCCUUGGCUUUUUACCCAUUAGUGUCGUGGGCUUGUAUAAAACUGCUGAGGAAAAUAAUCUACCUGUAUAGAAAGUUUGCUUAGCUGGCGGAUGAGCCUGGUGGUGAAACAGAUCAGGCCAUUCAUUAUUCCUCAAGUGUUAACAUACUGACUUAAGCAGUAUUCAAACCAUCUAGUGCAAUGCCUUUUUUGUUUGUUUUUGUAACACGGGUGCAGUUGUAUUAUAGAAAAAUAAAAAUUACAAUCAUGAGCAGUUUUAUUAAUGCUGCUCUGCUUGUUUUGUAAGAAAUGUAUAUUACGUCUUUGACAGGUUUAAUUUUAACUAGAGAAAUGACAUUGUAAAUCAAAAUAGCCUCUUUUAAUUUAAUAUGAAAAAUUCAAUUAACAAUAUUGAAAAUACUUAAUGUAUUAUAUUGUAUAUAUUUCUCUACUUUGGUUCCAGCUGUUUUAUAUGAUUGACAUGUUAUUUAUGAGAUAAAACUGCUUUGACCUUUUGGAGACUUAUACUGUAAAAAGAGGACUUACAAUAAACUGAGAAUCAACUUCA